AUGCGGGAUUUUGAUGGGGAUUGCGUCUCAAAUGACAUUGUUUCUCAGAUCUCCACAGAGCAACUAAAGUCUGUUGCACUGAGGUACUGGAAACAGGCCCUGCAGAUGACAAAGCCCAAGAAAGUCCUGGCAGAGAUGUUAUUGGAAAUAAUUGACACUCUGUCUAAUAAUAUUUUGGACCUCUUGAGUCAACCAGAGUGCCCCCUGGUGUCACAGGAAGACAUCAGCAGAGCUCUGGAGCCCUGUCUGACGGAUAUCUUUGAUUUCCUAUUGAGCACCUCACACGACGCGUGUGCUCCGCUCUUCAAGGCCUUGAGCGCAGUAGUGUGUAGCAGUGUCAACGCUGGGCAGAGCCACAGUGAAAUACAGCCCAAAACCUCAUACGUGCCCCCCAAAGAACAUCUGGUCAAAAUGAUGCACUUGAUCAAACCCCUUUUACGUUUCGCCAGAGAUCAGGAAUGUCGGAAACAUUACUCGGAGCCUCUGCCUGAUGUCGCACAGCAGACCAAUGCUGUGCGCCAUCACAGCACAGACUUUAGCACACGUGGUCCUCAAGUGUCGGAGGAAAGUGAAUGCUCGGAUUCUGAGAAUGAAACCAGAUCUACAGAGAUGAAAGUCAGCUCUGACACCAGGAAAGUGACUCCACCAAUGGCGUCCAAAAACACCAUAAUACAAAUUCAAUACAUCGCUGAAGAGGCUGCUACGGAAAUGUUGCUCAAGGGCCAGGAGAGCAAGUCUAAGGAGCUGCUGAGACCACUAUGUAAGGACCAGGAAGCCGCUUCACAGGUGGAAAUCCAAUGGAACGACCAGCAUUGGUCUUACCUGCUGCAAGAAGUGUGCUUUCGGGUGUUGGCUACCUCAGAGGAAAAUAAUAUAGAGCAACUCUUCCAGCUUCUCUUGAAGUAUGUGGAGCAACACAAAUCUGAAUGUAUUGUUCGGGUCAAACCUGAUCUGCAUCACAUCAGAGAAGCAGCUAAUGCGAUACACCAAGCUGUGAUUGCAAACCUUGGGGAGUGGAUGCUAUUCACAAUCAUGGUGGAACCUGAGUUCAGCGCCGCCACCAUCACAGACUGCAUCCUGAAAAGGGUAAGCAUGCCACAACAAAUAGGCUUUAUCCAGGAAAGAGCCUCAUUGGAGUCUUUCGAUGAGACCAACACAUCUCUAAAAUCAGAGACAGCACACAAGACACCAGACAUGGUGUACGGGGCGUGGUUGGACUAUAAAGCGAGAAAGAAAGCCCCCUCACCAGAAGAAUACAUACCAGCUGAGCAAAGGGCUGCCACACAGGACCAUGAAGACUUCAUGUGGAGUAAUUCUGACUGGUCCAACCUGGUGUUUGAGUUGUCUGCUCUGGUGUUUGGCACCAGAAACCCACAUAAACUGGCAGAGUGUUCCAUGUUGCUCUUUGGACAUGUGCAGACAUUUAAGGAUAGGUGCAAUGUUCGUAUGAAACCUGAUGAACACAACAUUGAGGACGUGGCAAAUCAAAUUUACAAAGACCUGCGCCAAAUUUAUCCCAAAAAGGCACUGCGUUUGAUAGCCUUUUCCGACCCACACGUCAUCACAGCGGGCAUCCCCAAACAACUAGAGAGGAUCCCUAAGAAGCGUACACUAGGCACUGUCCUGAGGUCCGUGUGUCGGGCCAUCUUCAGGAGGUGUUAA